AUGGAUCCGUCCCGGGACCGGCCGUCGGCCUGGAGCUCCGUCCGGCCGAGCUUCUCUCAGGAAAGACUCAACCGCACCUACAGCUUCCACGUGGUCCUGCCCUCCACCUUCAGCUCCCCCGCUGACUCCCUCCACCCACCCUUAACCUCUCUCUUCUCCGGCACCACUCGACAGACGUCCGCGUCAGCCCACCAGCCCGCCUCCUCCUCCUCCUCCUCCUCCACCUCCCCUUUGUCCACCUAUUCGGCCAACCUGGAGAGCAUGGUGCUCUGGACUCUCCACGAGCCCAGCACCAUCGCUCUGACCGUCAUGUACUGUCUGUCUUUCAUUUUGGGAUUUGGCGGGAACCUGAUGUCCCUGCGCGUCCUCACCAACAGGCGGAGCCGGCGGCUGGCCGCCGUGAGCGCCACGCGCACCCUCCUGGUGAACCUGGCGGUGUGCGACCUGGCGGUGGUGUGCGUGUGCAUGCCCAUCACCUUGGGCAGCCAGAUCUACACCGCCUGGGUCUACGGCGACCUCCUCUGCCGGGCGGUGCCCUUCACGCAGGCCGUCUCGGUCUCGGCCAGCGUGCUGACGCUGACCGUGAUCAGCGUGAACCGCUACUACAGCGUGCGAUCCCCGCUGAGAGCGCGCUCGCUGUUCACCCGCCGGCGGAUCUUGGCCAACGUCGGCGUGGUGUGGACGGUGUCUUCCAUCAUGUGCGCUCCCAUCGCCGUGAUGAACCGGCGGCGGCGGAUCAGCUUCGGGGCUUUCGCCAUCCUGAUCUGCGAGGAGAAGUGGCCUCAGCAUCGCUUCAAGCAGGGAUACAACGUGCUGCUCUUCGUGAUGCUCUACUGCCUGCCGGUGACCUUUAACCUCACCAUCGGCUUCCUGACCGGCAGGCGGCUCUGGCGAGGCAAGAAAACCGCUUUCGCCGACCUCGACCCUCGCAGCGAGGCCCUGCACGCCUCGCGCCUCAAGACGCGCCAGAAGAUCGCCAAGAUGGUGGUGUGCCUGGUGCUGCUGUUCGCCGCCUCCUGGCUGCCGCUCUACCUGAUCGACCUUUGGAUCGACUGCGAGCGGCGCCCGCCGUCUUGGCUCCUGCGGACGCGGCCCUUUGCCCAGUGGCUGGGCCUCACCAACUCCAGCCUCAACCCCAUCUGCUACUGCUUCAUCGGGGACCUGUACCGCUCGGCCCGAGCGAUACGGACGCGCUACUACCAGAAGGUCGCCGACCUCUUCGGCUCCUCCUCCUUCUCCAGCUCCGCCGCCGUGGCAUCUCCCGCCUCGCUGAUGACGGACGGCAAACUGACGGCGUGCGAGCGCCAACGCAUAGCCGCCGCCGCCGCCGCAACGAUCCCCCGGCUGCUGAGCUCGGCUCGAGGCCAGGGGCUGGGUCAAAAGGUCGUGGACGGCUCGGACAGCCCAUCCGGGUCCCGCCGCAGCAUCUCGGACCGGUGCCGCUCCGGCCCCAGCUUGUGCGACGGAUGCUCGUUCCCCUGCCGGCUGCACGCCGCACAGAGGGCCGACCCCCCGCCCACGAGGAGACGCUCGGUGAACGAGAGCGCGGGGCCAUUGCCUUUACGGAUCGAGUCGCUGGAGAUAGACGUGCUGCCUCUGAGGAGGCACUCGGGGGGGAGAGCGUACGAUAAGACGGACGUCACCGCCGCGGGAAGGGACAUGCCGUGCUACAGCGGGCAGCGCUCGGGCCACACGUCACAAACAUACUUCCUGGUAGAAGACAGGGAGGAGGAAGCGACCGAUAUGACCAGCCUGUGA